UCAUUCCUCUCCUCUCCCCUCCCAGUCUCCAGACCACCCCGGGCGGAGAGUCUGUGUCCCGGCUCCCCCCACUACACCCCUCUCCCCCCGUGUGUGUCCCCCCCAGCCCCCGCUACAAGCCCAGCCCCGGCCCGGCCCGGCCCCCAGCGCAGGGAGCGGGGAUGUGGGUCGCGGCGGCCGCUGGGCAGCUCCAGGUGGACAAGGCGGAGGAGCCGGUGAGCGGGGACAUGGGUCGAGCCGAGCUCAACUUGGUCGACGAUGAGCAACUGCUCCUGGCCGCAGCUUACGUUUCUGACGCUCAAUACAACAGGAACAUCCAAUUUGAAACCUCCCCGCAAGCUGUCAGGUUCUACAAAUUAUACAACCACUGGUCUACGCAGGGAAUCACCUACUUCUUUAUCCUUGUCGAUCUCUUCCUGGGCCUGUUUGAGGAACCCGCCGUCUAUCUGCUGCCUCUUUGGGUAACUUCAACCGUUGAGUUUAUUUGUCUGGUGAUGUUCUCCGUACGCCUCCUGCACUUCUCCAAGGUCACUCCCAGCAAGGUGUUCUGGAAAGAUGCAAAGAACAUUUGUGUCAUCGUCACCAUCUUGCUCACGUUAUUGGAUAUGAUUGUGUACUUGGCUUUAGCACAAAAUGGAUACCUGGCAGUCAGGUGGUCAAGGGUCCUGAGACCACUGUUUUGUGUAAACUUCACUGAAAGUCGACAGCUGAGAAGAGCGUUCAGAAACAUCCGCAACACUCUCCCGGAGAUCGCGUACGUGUUUGUGCUCUUUAUGUUCAGCGUUGCUGUGUUCUCCCUCAUGGCCUUGAAGCUGUUUGCAAAGAGGAAGCUCCGCACGGGCGAGGGAGCGCCGUACUUCAGUAACUACCUGGACGUCUUCUUCAACCUCUAUGUACUGGUGACUACGGCCAACAGCCCUGACGUGAUGAUGCCAGCCUAUGAGGUGAGCUGGGCCUACUCGAUAUUCUUCAUCGUUUUCAUCAUCGUCAACACCUAUGUCUUCAUGUCUCUCUUCCUGGCCGUUGUGUACAAUGACUACAAGAAGCAUCUGAAGAAUGAAGUCAGGAAGCUGGUCUACAUGAAGCAUCGGAAGAUGAUUGAAGCCUUCAACAUACUGAAGGUGAAGAAUGAAGCAGAGUUUGUGGUCCCACACUCUCGCUGGCGGCAGCUGGUGAAGCUGGUGGCUGCAGACAUUCCCAGCUCCCACCGGGAACUGCUCUGGAGAGUCCUGGACGACGAACAGAAGGGCUAUCUAGGAAGAGAAUCGUUCAUCGGCUUGGCGGAUAUUCUCAACAUACAGAUAGUUCAGAUGAAGGACAGGGUUCAUCCGCUGGAGAAGUGCAUGCUGCGCGUGUACACGUCCACCGUCAGCAAGCUCAUCCGUAGACUGGUCGCCCACAGGGCAUUCCGUUACACCUAUGAUGUUAUCAUCGUCAUCAACGCAAUCUUCAUUGGUGGGGACGAGAUGAACCCUUUAAUCACCAAGGCAGAGUGGGCAUUCCUGACACUCUACCUCGUUGAGAUUCUGCUCAAACUCUACACUCACGAACCCAGGGCCUUCUUCGCCAAGUUUCAAUUUUGGAAUUGGUUUGACACCAUCAUUAUAGUUGCUGCCUUGCUGGGGACUCUUGCCAACACUGCACUCAAAUCAUCGGGUGGCUACAGCAGUCAGCAGAUCCUGGACAUCGUGUUCAUCCUGCGGGUUCUCCGGCUGAUCCGGAUCAUUGACAGCUUCCACAGGUUCAGGGUCUUGCUCAAUACUUUGGUGAAUCUAAUACCCACAAUGCUAACCUACGCGGGGCUACUCGUGGUUGUGUACUACAUAUUUGCAGUAGUGGGAAUGGAAGCGUUUAAAGGAAGGAUCCAUUUCUAUGGGGUGAACUCCAGCAACCCUGCAGCAGCGUAUUGUGGGAACCCAGCACUGAAGGGGUCCCAGUUUGCCGCAAUGAGAUACUGCAGAAAUAACUUCAACAAUCUUCCCUCAGCCAUUGUCCUACUGAUCGAAUUGACAGUGGUGAAUCAAUGGCAUGUUCUGGCGACUGGAUUUGUGAUGGUGACCCACUUGACGGCAAGGAUUUUCUUUGUUGUGUUUCACAUAGUGGUGGUGAUUAUACUCAUCAAUAUCUUCAUCGCGUUUGUUCUGGAGGCUUUUUUCGUGGAACACUCGCUGGCCAGGAGCGCCGUCGAGACCGCUAUCGAGAAGAAGAUUCAAGAGCUUGGAAUGGGAGACAGUGUGGACCAUCCCGUUGGAAGCCUAAUUGAAGUUAUGGAAACAAGUGAAAAUGACCUUGGCAACAAUGACGACUCCAAUUUGAAAUCCAGACUCCGAUUCAGAAUAGCAUCAAUUAGAUACAAGACCGUUGAUGCCUUGCUUCAGCAUAUGUUUGAGGGGGAGUUGAAACCAGCAGAUGACAUUCCAACCCUGGAAGAGAUUGAUAACCUUUCACCAGAUGACUUCCCACAGAAGCCACAAACCUUUGACAACGUAACAUAAUGCAAGAAUUGUACGGUUGCCCUUUUGUCUAUUACUGGUUGUACAUUUUGUAUAAAUAUAUUACAGAGUAUGGUGAGGUAAUAGCUCUCUUGCUAAUUGUGUAUCAUGUAUGUGAGCAUAUGAAGAUAAUUCAACUCUUGAACUUAAAUGUACAGCGGUUUCGAUUAUUUCUUCCACGUAGGUCAUUUUUGGAAAAAUAAACUGAAGAAUAAUUUGUGGCUGA